GCUCCAUUCGUCUGCGCGCUGGGCUGAAUGUUCGCCGUGUAACAACCGUACGGCUACUACUACUACUACUAUUACUACUUACUUACAAUCUGAGCGAGCUGAAAGCUGGUCUUCAGUUUUAUUGCCUGGGCUAUAACAAAGUUCGGCCAUCAUGGGUCGCUCGCGUGUGCUUUCUCUUAUGUCCGUCUUCGGGGGUUCAUCCCGUAAAGACAACCUCGGACAGCAUCAUCGGACCUCGUCGGCUUCCCUCACGCUGAACAAUCCUCCGCUACGAGCAGAUACACCUUCCUCGGAUGCCCCUUCGCCUCUCGACGCUUCGCCGAUCAGCGCGACUCCGAAUGGGGAACGACGAGUGCUGUCGCGGCCUGACUCGGCACUGUUCUCGCACAACCCUCCGCUGCUGGAGUUUUCGCAAGAUACUCCUCCAGAGCUCCAGCCUAUCUUCGCUUAUCUGAACAGCCACGCCAAUAAGUUAUACCAUGAAGGAUAUUUCCUGAAACUCAAUGAUUUGGAUUCUCACGGCCGGCCCUGUCAUGAUCGACAGUGGGUAGAGUGCUAUGCGCAGCUUGUCGGGACCGCUCUUUCUCUAUGGGAUGCUGCAGCGCUGGACGCCGCCGAAGAGGGGGAAGAUGUCCGUCCGACUUUCAUCAACCUGGCAGAUGCUUCAAUCAAGCUCGAAACACUGCCGACAAGGAACCAAGAGGCACAGGCCUUGAAAAACAUCCUGAGCAUAUGCUCCGCGGGCCAAAACCGAUAUCUCCUGCAUUUCAACUCCUUCCAUUCCUUGACGCAGUGGGCGGCAGCCAUCCGACUCGCUUUGUUUGAGCACACGUCUCUGUACGAAGCGUAUACGGGCUCCAUCAUUGCCGGCAAGGGCAAAAGCCUUAAUAAUAUCCGCUCCAUCUUGGAUCGAAGUCGGUACAGACAUGAGGAUUGGGCCCGUGUGAGGUUUGGGGCAGGCACGCCCUGGAGACGGUGUUGGUUCGUUAUCACCCCUCCAAAUGAAAAGGAGUUCCAGAAAGCGCAAAAGUCGAUCAAGAAGAAAUCGGCCUAUGAUCGAGCGCCCAAGCUGGUCACCGGCGACAUCAAGUUCUACGAUACGAAGAAGACCAAGAAAGCAAGGCCUAUAGCGACCAUUACGGAUGCGUAUUCUGCCUACGCCAUCUACCCUCAGUCAAAAGCGUUGAUCGACCAGUCGACCUUGGUCAAGAUUGAAGGAAGGAUCACAAUUCAUUCCCAGACAGACUCGACUACAGAUGGGUUCGUAUUCGUCAUGCCCGAAGCUCGUCCGGCCAUUUCCGGUUUUGAAAUGAUGCUCCGAUUUCUCGUACCUACCUUUGAUACCUUCAAUCUCUACGGCCGCCCAACUCGCAUUAUUGCCGCUACGAACCACAUCAAGAGCAUCAUGUUCGCUUUCCCCAAUAACCGGCGCUAUGGUUACCUUGAUAUUCUAGACAUUGCCGGUUUGAUGCAGACUCCCGGCAGUCAGGACUGGAGCGAGGCAGAAUGGAGGAAGCAGCUCAAGGAGGCAACAGCUCGCCGCAUGGCGUCUGCUGGAAGCGGAAGCAGGAACAGCAGCGUUUCGGGCAGUAGGCCACGUUUUCGAGCCAGUCUUCCGAAUAGAAACGGCAAUAUGCGCACCGUGCCUCAUCAGCGCAACUGCACAUCCCCGGAAAACCGGCUGGAUUUCAAUCAAUCGAGUGAUGCUAUUGUGCGUGAGACACCUAGUGAUUCUUCGAUUUCGCCGAUUGGCCGUGCGCGCGGCUUUUCCGAUUUUGCUGGGCUUUCUUCUAUGAGAGAGCAAGCGCAGACUUCAUUCGCUGAAAGUUCUCCAUCAUCGUCCGCUCAGGAGCUGGUGGUGCCUCGCAGUAGUGGGCGCCGUGGCUCUGGCGAGGCAAUGGACCAUAGCAGCACUGAAGGCGAUGGGAAACAGCAAACCGGCCCCGAUGGUAAGGCGCUUGAGCAACGCUUCCUUCCUCCAACUCCUCCCUCUCCUGUAGCUCACCCUCCUGCCUUCACGCAUGGACCAGGAGAGAUCCCUCUAACCCGACCUCAACCUUCAACCGAUAUGAGGAAGGUCAACAACAGGAUGUCUGACGCCACCCUCUCGCAGCUUCUCGCAGCCUCUGGGAGCAUGAACCUACUGGGCGCUUCUAUCCCGUCGGGAAGCCACGAAACGAUCAAAGACGAACCUAGUCCAGUGACACCGAAUAGCAGUUCUGAUAACCAGGCCGCACCAUCACUUUUAUCGGACAAUAGCGAUAGGAGAGCCGUGCUCCAGGAUCAAGGCCCACCGACACCUGAAGACCGUCCGAGUGCAUUUGGCCCGCCAUUGACUAUACCGAAGAGACAGAGUCUCCAGGUUGAUACCACAAAGGCUGUUAAGCGCAAGCCCGUGCCUUUACAACAAAGCCGCGAGUAUGAUGCUGCCAGCCUCGUGGGUGAGCCCAGCUACGAAGAUCUCCGUCAUACCGUGGAUGAAGAAGUUCUGAACUGGGUUGGUUCCCGCGAGUUCUCAUUGACUUCUCCUGAUAAGGAGAGCCGUCAGGACGAAGAGAGUGUCUAUGAUGACGCCUCCGCAGCUUCCCCCGAUUACGCCAGUACUCGCGGAUCCAUCUACAGCAAACGCUCUGUCAAGUCAAUCCCUAGGCCGAGAAUGGGUGUUAUGAAGACCGUGGGAACGGCCCCCCAGAAGCAGGAUUUAGUUAUCGGGGAUGCUCGCUACACCGUUGAGCAGCCGCCACUGGAGUUCAGCUCAGAAAUCCCCAGUUUCGACUUCGGACCGACCAUGACCUAUUUGCCUACUACUGGGCGCCCCAGCACUGGAGAUACUCUCGGGAAAUCAGCACACCAAAGGAGCGACUCAACCGCGACGGAGAAGCAAAUGCCGCAUCAGAUGGAGCGUCAACACUCGAGAUCUCCGAGCAACCUCAUGUGGCAGCCGGGCAUGGCUGCUCCGCGUCCGACCACACCGGGCAGGCUCACUGCGGAACAGUUUGUGCAGCAACGGUCAGCCCCGAGCCCGCCAGUCCAUGCUCACCACCGAACCCUCUCUUCGACACCACCACCCCCGCGGCCUGCCUCUGGUGACUGGACAGGCAACACCCGGCCCCUGUCCCAUUUGUCAGGCAUUCGGGAUGCGCCGGCCCGCCCUCAUUCUCGUGGUGCCAGCAGCACCCUGAACUACACCGAACUUUCAUCCCAUCUUUCUGCCCGCGAACAGGAGCAUGUGGCCCGUAUGACGGGUGCUCCGCUCCUCGACCUUUCUGGUAGUGUCAAAAGCCAACAACCGCCUCCAGUCGACCCCAUGGGACUGGUUGGGGCGAUUGAUGCUCGAGAGCGUGAGCGGAAGAGUAUCCGGGAAGGGAUGUCCAACCAAAUGGUGCAGCAUGCGAUUGCACAACGCCAGCAGCACUUGCAACAGCAGCAACAAGUGGCUGCGAAUCCACCCGCGCAGGCGAACGGCGCCGCGAACAACUAUAGUGUCUAUAACAUGCCCACCGCAAACCGCACCUGGGAUGCUCUCAACCAAUCUUACCGGCCAGCCGAGCCCCGGCGCCAGUCUUGGUACGGCCAACUGUCGCAGCCCUCACCGUCACCCCCAGCCUACCAGCAAAACCAGCACUUUGGCCAGCACCCAGGCUACUUCGCCAACGGCAACGCAAUGCAUUAUUAGCUAUAUGCCGUACUCUCCUUAUUCUCAUCCAAUCUCCUUAUGUUUAUCCUACCCGGUCCUAUCCUAUCCUAUCCCGUCCUAUCUAUCUAUCCAUCUAUCCCUUUUGCUCCCCUUGCGUGAACCUCAUGGUCCGAUCUUCUCUUUCCUCUUCGCUUUGUCUCGUCCUUGCAUCGGCCCGCGAGCUUUCAGUGCAUUUUAGAGCCCAAGUCUUCUCGAUAUCUGGAAAGUUCUCUGUUAUAUCUAUCUCCUGGGCUUGGCGGUCUUGCAGCGCUUUGUU